GGCUCCCCGCCCCUCCCGGUGCGCGCACAGGCGCAUGCGCAAAAGGGCGCCGCGGCGCUGCCCCGAGGCGGGGCCGGGCGGGUCAGGUGACGCGGGGCUCGUGCUGAGUGACGGGCGGCAGGACCGGGCUCGGGGUUGGGAGCGGCACCGGCGGCCUGGCGGGGCGGGAGGAGGAGGAAGAGGAAGGGUCUCGGCCGCGGCCCCGGCGAGGCGCCAUGGCGACCACCGUCACCACCCAGCGGGGCCCGGUAUUUGUUGGUGAGCUUCCUCAAGAUUUUCUUCGCAUUACCCCAACCCAGCAGCAACAGCAAAUCCAGCUGGAUGCCCAGGCAGCUCAGCAGCUACAGUAUGGAGGAGCAAUGGGUACAGUAGGAAGACUCAGUAUUACUGUAGUACAGGCCAAACUGGCAAAGAAUUACGGAAUGACGCGCAUGGAUCCGUAUUGUCGGAUACGGCUGGGAUACGCUGUGUAUGAAACUCCAACAGCACAUAAUGGAGCCAAGAACCCCCGCUGGAACAAAGUUAUUCAGUGCACUGUUCCCCCGGGUGUGGACUCCUUUUAUCUAGAGAUAUUUGAUGAGAGAGCCUUUUCAAUGGAUGACCGAAUUGCUUGGACACACAUUACAAUUCCCGAGUCUCUGAAACAAGGAAAUGUGGAGGAUGAAUGGUACAGCUUGAGUGGAAGGCAAGGUGAUGACAAGGAAGGAAUGAUUAAUCUGGUUAUGUCAUACACGUCUUUGCCAGCUGCCAUGAUGAUGCAGCCCCAGCCAGUGGUCCUGAUGCCCACUGUAUAUCAGCAAGGAGUUGGAUAUGUGCCUAUAGCAGGGCUUGAGUACUUUGCUCUGGGGAUGCCUGCAGUCUGUAAUCCAGGCAUGGUACCAGUGGCAAUACCACCUCCUGCUGUCAACCCUCAGCACCUGUGUAAUGAAGAGGACCUGAAAUCUAUCCAGGAUAUGUUUCCCAACAUGGACAGGGAAGUAAUCCGCUCAGUGUUAGAAGCUCAGAGGGGGAACAAGGAUGCAGCUAUCAACUCCUUACUUCAGAUGGCUGAAGAAUCAUAGAUGCCCGCUUCCUGCGUAGUCCCUGUCCUCGAUGCCACUUACUUUUACUUGCCAAGCCAGGGAUUUAGCUAGAGGAAGAAUUUCCCAACAGCUUUUUGUUAGUGCAUCGUGUGUGACAGAUUAUAUACCCCUUUUCUCCUUGGACAGUUGGAUCUUCUCUUUCUUUCUUUCUCUCUUUCUUUCUUUCUUUCUUUCUCAGUCUGUACAUACUCAGUUUAGCUUAUGUCCUAAAAUAGAGCAGUGAAGCAUCUUUACUGUCAGCUGUGCCCUCUGUGGCUGUAUUCUGAUGGGAUGGGGAAUAACGCUGCUUUGUUUCUUUUUUCUCCCCCUUUUCAUAAACUUGCUCUUACAAAGUAACUCUAUGCAGUACAGGAUUUACUAGUGUUUGUUAGAUUGGAAAAAAAAAUCUUUCUAUGGAAGGUUUGCUGUUUAAACACAGCUGAUUUAUUAAAAGUAUUUAGGUUUCAGCAAGCAGCCUAUUUUUUGCCAGAAGUUAAAGGAGAGACCCUGUCUUACCCUGUGGUGUGUAGUUAUUACUGUGAUACAGUCACACCUUUUAGAUGGAAAAUUCUUAGUUUAAUAAAUUUCUUAGGUUGUGCUGUUGCUAUUUGUAAUGUGUAUCUUCCAUUCAAUCUAGUCAUUGGGCACCAAAGCAAUAUAUCUUACGGUGUGCAUUUGGGGCUUUGUCCUCCCACAUAGUAUUGUUAUGUAUCUGUAAAAUCUUAGGAGUUAACUUUUUAACUCAUACAGUAUGUAUUGCUGUAUCAGAGAACAGGACUAAGCCCUAAUGUACUCCCACAGUUAAUUGCACUCUAACUACUACUUCUGCAUUCCCAUGGCUGUUUCAAAGGAUAAGUGCAGAAGGAAAGAUACGUAUACCUGGAAAAUAAGUGAAGCUGUAAAGAACUAUUUAAAAUGUUGUCUUACAUUUAAAAAGCAGGUAUCUAUGAUCUGGUUAUAAGGCUUCUUUCCUUAUACCGAUGUUUCAGCAAAGUUAUUGCUUUACAUUAGUGGGAAAAUGAUUGUGUUUUUCCUGUAAUAAGAAAUAAGCAUGAAAAGUAGCUUCAGGGUCUUAGAAUGGCAUUAUGAAUUGCUCAGUGACUUGUUAGACUACAGCUGCUGUAGUCAGUUUAUUAUUUGAUGCAGAUGGAAAUAAAAUUCUUUGUGAGAGACAAUUCAACAUAUCUGAGUUAGUCUGAUCCUCAGAGGAGAUGUUUGUAUUUAUUGUUAGUGUAAUUUUUUUUCAAGUAAGAGUUGAUCUUGGAGCUGCAGAAUCAUACAGUUAUGCACCAGUUACACCUGUUGGAUGAAUUUCUGCAGUGUCUGUUUUUGUAAAGUAAUGCACUUUAAAUAGUAUGCACCAAUUUAUUUUUCCAGUGAUGUGCAAUGUUGCUGUUUUGUCUCUUUAAUGUUUGAUUUCAAAUACUUUGUACAAUAGCCAUAGACCUUUAUAUUUUCAAGAGUUUAAAUGAAUGUACACUUGAAAUCUAGGCUCUUGAGUGGUUCAUGAGAAUAUUAAAACCAGGUUUGGAAUAGGGAAUGACGACCCAUAUUCUCUUCUUCCCCAUACUUUAUUUCAUGUCCUAUGCUUAAAAUAUUUUAUUAUCUGAUGGAAAGCUGAUUUUAUCCCCCCUUCCCCAACCCUCCUUCAAGUAGCCUUUAGGUAGCACCGGCAGUAGAGCAUGAAUAUUUAUUUUUUUAAUCAUUAAAAGUAAUACUGAAACUUUUAAAAUACGGCACCAAAAAUCAUCCCAGUUUCUGACCUUUUAAAGCUGUCUUUUCAUAAUGUACAGUUUUAAGUUUUGAUAUGAAUCCCUUAACAUCUUAAAUAUCCCAUUGAAAGCGUGUCUUUAAACGUCCUCCAAUUGGAUUUUGAAUAAUGAAAUUCAAGGCUGUAGUUCUGUGUGCUGUAGUUGUAGAAUUGCCACACUUUUGUUUUCUAAAGUUAAAUGGGUAUUCUUCAAGAAACUAUUCUUGCCCCUUCCCUACAAUCAUGGUAAAUUUUGUGAUUGGGUAGGUGUAGAGGCAUUUGGUCUUUAUAGCACAGUGUUUUGUGGCAUCAUAACCCGAAAGGAUGAAUGUUGGUAAGGAUUUAAUGCUUAGAUACCUCCAGGAAGAGUCCUAUGCUCUACCUUUUACACAGAUAGCAUGAAUUUCUAGGGAUGGAACAAUUCAGGGAAAAUGUACAUAUUUAAAUUUUUAUAUUAAAACGGUGGGAUUCAUAAUACAGCUUUUCAUAAAAGCAAGUGGUCAUGGUUCAACUAAAUGGCUGGUAAAUUGUACUGCAUCCUAUUAUAGCUCCAUUUCAAGCACAGAACAAAACCACCUUUCAGUCCUAACUGCCAGGAGGGGUAAGUGCAAAAGUUAAGCUAGCCAGGUUUAUUCAUAAAUUGGGCUCUGGCCCUCUAAGGGAGACUCCUGUUCUUAGAAACAUUUUUAAUGCACAUUUUUUUUCAUAAGCAAAUGUUAUGCAAAACAGGUACAGGUAUGAGUUGAUAAUAGAAAUGUAGGAGCAGUAUGGCCAGUAGAUGGAUUUCAUUAUCUUACACUAUACUUAAAUAUUGUUCUGUGGAUUUUUUUUGUCUUUAAUUGAGCAUUAGAGAUUAAACUCUUACAUCAAGAUGUGCUACUUUCUCUUGUUAAAAAGAACAAAAUCAUCAGCCUACUCAGCUUUUCAGCAUACAUAUCCUUCCAGUUAAGCUGUUUGUUGUUAGGUUUGAACUGGAGAGAGAUGACAAAAGGCAAGGAAUGUUUGCUUAUUUUAGGUCUGUGAAAUUAAGGUAUUGGAACUGAAAGUCUGUUUUUUAUUUUAAACAAACAAAUUGUCAGUCAUGAUUGUAGCUUUUGAGGAAAUGCUAAUGGGGUAAUACUGUGUUCGAUGCUGCUCCUCUGCUCAACAGCUUCCAGCAGCUUGGAGCCAAAGCCAUCUGUGUAAGACAGGCAUCUGCUAAAAGUUAGUGCUCUAAGUAUAGUUUGAGUCCUGCCAAGAGCCUCAACUUGCUAAAGGUAGGAGCAUUUUUUGUCUAGCUAGAUCCUUGCAACUUCUCUACUGCUCUUUGCAUCUGCUGAUGGUACUGAAUGGGUUUUUCCCCCCCUUGUAAACGUUAUUGCCUGUGUGGUUGAUAUGUAAUACCGUACAGAGGAUGUUUUUUGCUGUAAUUAUUCUGAAGACAUUGUUUCUCUGUAUUGAGGUCCAGUGUCCAAAUAUGUUUCUUGCACUCUAAAGUACAUUAACUUUUUCAUUCUAAUUUAAUAAAUGUAUCAUCUGAAUGAAACUGUAUUACGUCUCUGUUGGAGAGCACCACAAUGUAAGUUUGUCUAUAGACCAAUCUAAAAUUCAA